AGAACCUACACUUGAGUAACGAUCGUUUACGAUCUAUAACCAGCUGUAGAACAGAAACCUACGACUCUUCUAAAGUUUUGUGUUAUUCCGAUCGGUCCAGUCGCAGCCACUGUUUGGUGUUUACUAUAAUAAGUGUACAGUACAAUAAGAUAAUAUUUUCACAAGACUUGGUGUGUUCAACAUCGAUUGGGAGUGUGCAUCGUUCACUACAAAGAUAUAAGACAAAAUAAAGAUGACCAAAGGCAUGAAGACUCCCGCCAUCGGCAUUGACCUGGGCACCACCUACUCCUGUGUGGGGAUUUUCCAGCACGGCAAGGUGGAGAUCAUCGCUAACGACCAGGGCAACAGGACCACGCCCAGCUAUGUGGCCUUCACAGACACCGAGAGACUGGUGGGAGACGCGGCCAAAAACCAGGCUGCUCUCAACCCCAGCAACACCAUCUUUGACGCCAAGAGACUGAUAGGUCGCAAGUUCACCGACAAGUCCGUUCAGUCGGACAUGAAGCACUGGCCGUUCCAAGUGGCGGAGGUGGACAGCCGGCCAAAGAUUGAGGCCGAGUACAAAGGAGAGAGGAAAUUGUUUGCCCCUGAAGAAGUGAGCUCCAUGGUUCUGAGCAAAAUGAAGGAAACCGCCGAGGCGUACCUGGGCCAGAAAGUGACGGAGGCUGUGAUCACAGUCCCCGCUUACUUCAACGACUCCCAGAGACAGGCCACCAAAGACGCCGGUGCCAUUGCUGGCCUGAACGUUCUGAGAAUGAUCAAUGAGCCCACAGCAGCGGCCCUCGCCUACGGCCUUGACAAAGGACAGAGUGGAGAGAAAAACGUGCUCAUCUUUGACCUUGGAGGAGGCACGUUUGAUGUGAGCGUCCUCACCAUUGACGAGGGCUCCAUGUUUGAAGUGAAAGCCACAUCGGGGGAUACACAUCUGGGAGGCGAGGACUUUGACAACCGACUCGUGUCUCAUUUCCUGCAAGAGUUCAAGCGGAAACAUAACAAAGACAUCAGCAAAAAUGCCAGAGCCACCAGACGUCUGCGCACAGCCUGCGAGAGAGCCAAAAGAACUCUGUCCAGCAGUUCGGAGGCGUCCAUCGAGAUCGACUCGUUGUUCGAGGGCAUGGACUACUACACGAAAAUCUCCAGAGCCAGAUUCGAGGAAUUGUGUGCGGAUCUGUUCAGAAGCACCCUGGAGCCGGUGGAAAGCGCUCUAAGAGACGCCAAACUGGACAAAGGCAAAAUCGACGAGGUGGUGCUGGUGGGAGGCUCCACGCGUAUCCCGAAAAUCCAGAAACUUCUGAGCGACUUUUUCAACGGGAAAGAGUUGAACAAGUCCAUCAACCCCGAUGAGGCCGUGGCGUAUGGCGCUGCAGUCCAAGCCGCUGUUCUGACGGGGGACAAGAGUGAGGCCAUCAGAGACGUGUUGCUCGUGGACGUGGCUCCCCUGUCUCUGGGCAUCGAGACGGCGGGCGGCGUGAUGACCUCUCUCAUCAAACGAGGCAGCACCAUUCCCGCCAAGACCUCCCAGGUGUUCACCACCUACUCGGACAACCAGCCAGGUGUGGACAUUCAGGUGUUUGAAGGGGAGAGAGCUAUGACCAAAGACAACAACCUCCUGGGCAAAUUCCAACUGUCGGGCAUCCCUCCGGCACCCCGUGGUGUGCCCCAGAUUGAGGUCACCUUUGACGUGGACGCUAACGGAAUUCUCAACGUGACAGCUCAAGACAAAAGCACGGGGAAAAGUAGCCACAUCACCAUCAAGAACGAAAGAGGGCGACUGAGCCAGGCGGAGAUUGACAGGAUGCUGGCCGAUGCGGACAAGUACAAGGACGAAGAUGAGAAGCAAAGAGAACGAGUUUCGGCUCGCAACCAGCUAGAAACGUACAUUUUCCACGUGAAGCAGGCGGUAGAUGCAGCUGGAGACAAGCUGCCCUCUCCUGAUAAGGACGCUGUUCUCAAGGCCUGCAAUGACUCUCUCAGCUGGCUAGACAACAACAGUCUGGCCGACAAGGAAGAAGUGGAAGAUCGUCUGAAGGAACUCCAGAAGACAACCUCGUCUGUGAUGGCCAAACUCCACACCCAGGGUCAGUCUCAAGGUCAAGGAAGUUCACAGGGUUCAUCGGGUCCACAUGGACCCAGUGUUGAGGAGAUGGACUAAUCUACCCUUACCUUGUAUCCUAAUCAUUGAUCUCAAGACACUUUCAAACAGUAUUUUCACAUGGUUUUGUUAAAAAUCGAUGUGUAUUAGAUUAUUUUUAUCAUGUAUAUAAGCUUGUAUGUACAUCUUGUCUAUAAUCUAAAAAUAUUUAAGUACAAGCAGUGGUAUUACCAUGUGUUAGCCUUUAUCAAAUUGAUGUAUUAUUUGCUGUAAGUAAAUAAUUAUACAUUAACAGUUUACUUUAUGCUUGAGCUGUAUAAAAAUACAUGUACAUUGUAUAAACAUGUAAAAAGUAUUUUUUUAAAUUUCCAUGUUAUGUUUGGUGCUACACACAUACAAAAUGUAUUGUUGUUUUGUUUCUGAAAAUGAAAA